AUGAGCAUUGGUAAACUGUACGGACAGCGCGAGUCGCCCCGCGUGCUUCGCACCGUCGCCGCGGCCAAGGUCAACGGCGUCGAGGUCGAGGUCGUGCCGACCUCGGCCCCUGCGGACACCCAGAAGCCCGAGUUCCGCGAAAAGUUCCCGCUCGGCAAGGUGCCUGCUUUCGAGGGCCCGGACGGCUUCCUGCUGACCGAGUCGCGCGCCAUCUUUGCGUAUGUCGCCCGCCUCUCGGACAACACCAAGCUGUACGGCUCGGACGCCAAGACCGCUGCCCAGGUCGACCAGUGGGUCCAGUUCACCGACGAUGAGCUGACCAACCACGCCAUUGGUCUCUUUGUCCUCUACAAGGGCUACAUCCCGUACAGCAAGGCCGUGGACACUCACCACACCGAGGCCAUCCACCGUGCUCUCGCUUACCUCGAGAAGUACCUCGCCGGCCAGACCUUUGUCGUCGGUCACCGCCUGACCGCGGCCGACCUGACCCUGGCCUCGACCCUCUUUACGCUCUUCACCGGCUUCCUGGGUGCCAGCUCGCGCGCCAAGUACCCCCACACCCAGCGCUACUACACCAACGUGGUGAACCAGCGCGCGGUGGGCGGCGCGAUCCCCCUCGACGCCAAGUUCGCCGAGGAGGACGCCAAGUUUGUGCCCCCGAAGAAGGAGAAGCCCGCCAAGGCUGAGCAGCCCAAGGCUGCUGCUGCCCCUGCCGCGGCUGCCCCUGCCGGCAAAGACGAGGACGACGAGCCGAAGGCCGCUCCCCCGGCCAAGAACCCCCUCGAUGCCCUGCCCAAGUCGUCGUUCGUCAUGAACGACUGGAAGGUGUGCUACUCGAACAAGGACACCCGCUCGGAGGCCAUCCCCUGGUUCCACGAGCACUUUGACAAGGAGGGCUGGAGUGUCUGGCGCUUCGACUUCAAGUACAACGACGAGCUCACUCAGGUGUUCAUGAGCUCGAACCAGAUCGGUGGCUUCUUCACCCGCCUCGAGGCUACCCGCAAGUACGUCAUGGGUACUGCCGGUGUGUUUGGUACCGCCAACGACAGCGUCAUUGCUGGUGUUGUCGUCCUCCGCGGCCAGGAGUGGGAGCCCGUGCUCGGCGUUGCGCCCGACAUUGACAGCUACUCGGUCAACCGCCUCGACCUCGACAAGCCCGAGGACAAGAAGUUCUUUGAGGACAUGCUUGCCUGGGAGGCCACCGUCGAUGGCAAGGAGUGGGCCGACGGCAAGAUCCUUAAGUAA